AUGUCUCUCCCAUCUCUCCCAUCUCUCCCAGCAACCCUGACACCCGCUCUCAGCGGUCGCGAUGCCAUUGCCGAUGCCAUCUAUCGUUGCGUCGAGUCCUUUGAUCGAUGUGACGUGGACCUCUGCAAAUCCGCUUUCACAAGCGAUGCGAUAUUCGACCUCAACGGCAAUGCGAUGGAGGGAAUCCAAGCUAUUAUUGACCAAUGCUUCGCUUCGGUCUCCAAGAUGGAUACGACCCACCAUAUCACUGGAAUCAGAAUCAAUAUUCUAGACGACUCGAAGGCGCAGGCUACUUGUUCCGCCCUCGCUCAGCACUUUACUUCUGGGGAAGGGCUCAAGGGAGACGGGGUUCCGAUCCUUGUGGGCUCUGUCUAUUGGAUUGAUUUUACGAAGGAUUCUGAGGAUGGAUUGUGGAAGAUCAAGAAGUUGAUUCUCAAGUCUCAUUGGGCGCAGGGUGAUUGGGGUGUCUUUAGCAAAUAG